AUGAAUAAGGAAGGACCAAGAAUUAAUCACUUGGCCUUGGCUGAUGAUACUAUUAUCUUUAGUAGUGGUGCUAGUGCCUCUCUACAGUUGAUCUUUAACACUUUAUCAACUUAUGAAAAGGCAUCUGGCCAGUCUAUCAAUAUGAACAAAAGCUGUUUCUCCUUGGCCCUCAAUGCUUCUUCAAGAUCUAUCAGAAAAGUGGGUAGAAUCUUGAACAUGAGGUAUGAUAAACUUCCCAUGAAAUACCUUGGGUGCCCUAUUUAUGCUGGAAAGAAGAAAAUUGAAUUUUUUUCUGGCAUGGUUACAAAGGUGAUCAACAAGAUCAGAGGUUGUCACCUCAAAUUCCUGAGUUCUGGGGGUAAAGCUAUUCUCAUUAGGCAUGUCCUUCAGGCUCUAAAUGUUCAUACUUGGGCUGUUGUUCACCCUCCCAAAGGAACUAUUGAAUCCAUUGAAACUUAUAUUGCUAGAUUCUUCUAG